AAAAUGACGCGUUUGUUGGUCGACCGAGCCCAACACGAAUGAAGAAACGUGGAACACUGGUGGAUUAAACAACAAGGAAGAAACGUGCUUACUCAGGUUAUUAUUUGGAUAUAACAGCUUUAAGGAAGUAAAAGCUAAAGAGAACGAAAAACAUCCAGUCGUUUCGGAUUCAGCUUAUAUCGUGGUGAGAAUGAAGAAGGAAGUGAGUGCUGGAGUGAACUUUCUGAAAGGUUUGGCAGUGGAGCGUGGAGGUGUGGAUCAAAUCAAAGCCAAACUUUUCGCUGCUAAAUUACAAGAGCUUCUGCUUGAGAAGUUCACCAACCACUGGUACCCAGACAAUCCUAGCAAAGGACAGGCGUACAGAUGCAUCAGAAUAAAUAACACAAUUCCCUGUGAUGAAUCAGUAUCACAAGCUUGCAAGGAGAGCGGCUUAAAGCCAAGUGAGUUGGGCUUUCCUCGUGAGAUCACAAUAUGGAUCGACCCGUCGGAGGUGUGUGUGCGGUCUGGCGAGAAUGGCAGAUAUUUUACAGUAGCUCAGUUUGCUAAAGUGGAGGAUGAGGAAAAGGACUUAAAUCAGAAUGAUACUUUUAGCCAAGUGGAUUCUGUGAAUCUGGAUACAUCCGACUACCACUCAGCGAGCUCAUCUGACUGCGGCUCAGCAGUCUCAAGUGAUACAGAAGAGGAGGCGAAAGAGGACGAGACGAAAAAAGUGGAGGGGAAAGCAGUGAAGAACACAGUUCACACAACUAGAUCUAAAGCAAGAGAGCCUAAAGGGCCACGCAGGUUUCCGCCAGCUCAGAUCCCUGGCCCACAGUACUUUUAUAACCCUGGACCAAUGUGGCCCCAGUAUAAGAAGAAGAGAGGCAUGUUCUUUACAACUGUAUGUGCACCGGCACCUUCUCCGUUGUUUGCUUACUAUGUCGUACCCAAAGCCCCUCCUCAGUUCAUUGUGCCUCAUGCUACCUUUCAAACUUGGGGGACAGUAAAAGGGUAAAGAGCUCAAAACCAGUGUAUUAAUACUGUAUCUGCCAAUCUGCAGGGAACUUUAUAGCUUUGUUAUAAUGAAAUCAUAAACUUGAAAUAUAGUGUCAAGCAUGUUGACUAUUUAACUUUUCACUGAUGCUAUAUGCAUAUAUAUUCUAAUGAACUUUAAGCUUUUUUUAACUGUUCUGCCAUUAUUUAAUUUUCUUUGGGUUUGUAGCUUUAGACGUAUUUAAACUGCUCUUGCACAAAACACUGGCUCUGUUAUUACUUGAUCACAAACUGUACAGGAAUGCCAAAGUUGGAUUGCUACAUACUUGAAAUUUUUAGCCAUAGAUAUAGUAAUCACAACAUUUUCAGUAGCUUCUGUAGUGAUGUUUUGGUAACUUUUUAAUUCAUAGAACGCUUGUCUGAUGUUUAAUGGAAUAGAAAAUUUUGAGUGAAUGAAAUACUCAGUGGAAGCACAUUCCCAAAAAUUACCAGCGGUUCAGCUCAGGUGUGAUAGUUUAUGAAAUUACCUCUAAAACUCCAGGCCUCCUAUACCUUUUCAACAACAACAACAACAACAAAAAAUCAUCUCAUAUACUGAGGCCAAAGAGUGCUGUGUGGGUCAGGUUUCAAAUGAAAAGUUCCUGACUAAUGUGAAUUCACCUUUAAGAAUAAUCAUAUCUGUUUAAGAUGUAGGGAGGACUGCAUUAACCAAAACAUUAUUUAGUUAAUUAUACUAGAUUCUGUGCACAAUGUUACCAUUUACCUUUGCUAAAUGGUAAUGAUAAUUGUACUGUAAUUUUUUCCAAUACCACUAGGUGGUAGUAUACAUUGCCUUAAGCCAUAUUUCAUUAUAAGCCAUAUUUCAAUAUCUUGAUAUUUUGAAUGUACAUAGUAGAUUUUCUUGUAGUAUUUGUUUUGCAAAAACUGCAUUUAAAAGUGUACAGUGUCAUUUCACAAGUGCUAUCAUGUGUUCCAGUGUAUGUGUGUAUUUAAUUUUAUAAUCUGCAUUUUUAUAUUUGACUUUAUGUAAUCUCGACUAAUUGAAACUAUUAUAACUUUUAAUAGUGUAAUAGUCUUCAGCGCUGGAAUUUUACCUUUGAUAUAUUUACUUUUUUAUACAUUAUUAUUUGUAUUUAAAUUGUGUGCCGUUUUGUAUGUUAUACAUGUAAGCUUUACUAUUACUUAAAUUAUGCCUGUUUUUUCUGUCUUCAGAUGCAUAUUUAUUUGUGCUUUCUUUCUCAGUAAUUUUUUAAAUAAGGUUUUGCAGUUAUGUAAUCGCUGUAAAUGUUGCUUCUGCUUAAGCAAGAGUAUUGAGAUCUAUUUUAAAGCUAUGUUCAACUGAUGUUACAAAUACAUAUUUUAUUACUUAAACAAU